GGAAGGUUCCGAUUAGUAACUAAUAAUGUUGUGAGCAGCUGAGUUGGGAGUUUCAGCGAAACUGACACAGACUUGGCUGAAGUUAGGACGACUUUCCUCCGCAACUAGUUUGCUAGCGACUGGCAAAGAGAGGCUGUCUGAGUGCGGUUCUAAGCCAGUUCCCAUGUGAAAAGCAGCUGGACGCAAACGCAGUCCCGUCGCUUUUUCAUCAGAAAAUGCCCGUCAGGAGAGGAGAGGCCCCAGUCAUGGAGGAGGUGAUAUGGGAGCAGUUUACUGUGACUUUACAAAAAGACUCAAAGAGGGGGUUUGGUAUAGCAGUGUCUGGAGGGAGAGAUAACCCUAACUUUGAGAAUGGUGAAACCUCCAUUAUUAUCUCUGAUGUUUUGGAAGGAGGUCCAGCAGAUGGAUUACUGCAAGAGAAUGACCGGGUUAUAAAUGUUAAUGGCUGUCCAAUGGAAAAUGUGCCUCAUUCCUUUGCUGUACAACAGUUGAGAAAAUGCGGGAAAGUAGCUCAAAUACAGCAGGUGGUGAAAAGGGGCCGUAAAGUUCCAGCUCGGCAACCAGUAAGUGAACCUGACAGUCGCUUCGAUACAGUAGAUGACUACGACCGUAGAAGUGAGCACAGUGUUCAAAGUGAUAGGAGUGACGGUGGACCCAGAGGACGUAGCUACAGCCGGGACUGGAGUCCCGAUAGAGACUACGGCCGGGGUGGAGAGCGUGGCAGGAGCUACGACAGGCCCCAAAGCAGGGAUUGCAGCUACAGUAGGGAUCACAGCCGGGGGAGAAUAUAUGAUGAGGACCGUGGCUACGGGCAUGGCGAUCGAGGCCAGGGUCGGAUAUACGAUGAGGACCGAGGUUACGAGAGAAGCUAUGAUCGUGGGCGGGGGCGAGUAUACGACGACGAUAGAGGUUAUGAUCGAGCCUAUGAGCAUUACCGAGAGCCAGCAAGAGCUCCAAGCCGUGAUCGACUCAAAUCCCGGAGCCCGUCACCUGAAUCCUCCUCGUACUCUUAUGACCGCGGGCUGCCAAAGCCAUACAAAGUCAUGCUUGUAAAGAACAGACCUAAUGAAGAAUAUGGCCUUCGAUUGGGAAGCCAAAUCUUCAUUAAAGAGAUGACUGGAAGUGGCUUGGCAGCAAAGGAUGGAAACUUAGAAGAAGGUGAUAUUGUCCUUAAGAUCAAUGGAACAGUGACUGAAAACAUGUCUCUGGCGGAUGCCCGGAAAUUGAUUGAAAAGUCACGGGGGAAGCUUCAGCUUGUUGUCCAAAGAGACAGUAAACAAACGUUGAUCAGCAUCCCACCCAUGGAUGAUAGUGAUUCUGAGCCUGGAGAUAUUUCCGAAAUUGAAUCGAACCCCUCAUAUUCACCACCUCCGGAAGAAAGGAGAUCACCACAUUCUGAUGUUUCUUCACAUUCCUCUGGCAGAAUUGUUGACAAGAAAAGUUCUAAAGAGGAGCCUACUCAUAGACUGACCAGGCUGGGAGCCAUACCCACACCCUUUGCAACAAAGAGUGACCUACCUGCUGCUGUUGACUCUGAGAAGGAAGAACAAGAUGAGGAUGAUUACAGAGCCUCCAAAGUAGUAGAAGAACCAGCAUUGAGGCCUCCUAAGAAAUUUUUACACCCUAGUCCAGAAGAUGAAGAAAUCUAUGGCCCCGGUACAAAAAUGGUACAGUUCAGGAAAGGCGAGAGUGUUGGCCUCCGGCUUGCUGGUGGUAAUGAUGUAGGGAUUUUUGUGGCGGGAGUGCAAGAUGGAAGUCCAGCUGAGAAUGAAGGGCUCGAGGAAGGGGAUCAGCUCCUUAAGAUCAAUUCCAUGGAUUUCCGUAGCAUUGUGCGGGAGGAAGCUGUCCUCUACCUUUUGGAAAUCCCGAAAGGUGAUGAUGUGAUCAUUCUUGCUCAGAGUAAAUAUGAUGUGUACAAAGAUAUUAUCAACUCUGGCCGUGGUGACUCAUUCUUCAUUCGGACACACUUUGAGUAUGAGAAGGAAAGUCCACAAAGCUUGAGUUUCACCCGAGGGGAUGUCUUCAAGGUUUUAGACACUUUGUACAAUGGCAAGCUGGGAAACUGGUUAGCAGUAAGGAUUGGGCCUGACAACAUCAAACAUCGAGAGAAGGGAAUCAUUCCAAACAAAAGCAGAGCUGAGCAGAUGGCCAAUGUGCAGAAUGUCCAGCGAGCGACCACAAGUGACCGAGGAGACUUCUGGAGGUCACGGGGUCAGCGGGCAGCAAUGAAGAAGAAUCUUCGGAAGAGUCGGGAGGACCUCACAGCCAUACCAGUCAGCACUAAGUUUCCUGCAUACGAAAGGGUCACUCUUCGAGAAGCUGGCUUUAUGAGACCUGUGGUUCUCUUUGGGCCCAUCGCUGACAUCGCUACAGAGAAACUGGCAACAGAAUUACCCGAUGGCUACAAAACUGCCAAAACCGAGCCCAGGGAUGCAGGCACAGAAAAAUCAUCUGGUGUAGUUCGACUGAAUACAGUCAGACAGAUCAUUGAAGAGGGCAAGCAUGCGUUAUUGGACGUAACACCAAAGGCUGUGGAUCUGCUGAACUACACCCAAUGGUACCCCAUUGUCAUCUUCUUCAACCCAGACAGCAAGCAAGGUGUUAAAACAAUGAGACAGCGACUGAAUCCAGGAUCUACCAAGAGUUCCAAGAAACUCUAUGAUCAGGCUGUCAAGCUAAGGAAGAGUUGUCCUCACCUUUUUACAGAGACAAUUGAUCUGAAUUCCUCCCAUGAUGGUUGGUAUGGAUUGCUAAAGGAUCUGAUAAGAGAUCACCAGGCUUCUGCUGUUUGGGUUUCAGAAGGCAAGGCAGAUGGACUAGGAGAUGAAGACCUACAGAUGCCUGAUGACCGCAUGUCCUAUCUGUCGGCCAUGGGAGCUGACUACCUUAGCUGUGACAGUCGGCUGAUGAGCGACUAUGAUGAUACAGACACAGAGGGCGGAGCCUAUACAGACAAUGAGCUGGAUGAGCCAAUCAAUGAGCCUCAUGUCUCUUCUGUUGCGAGAUCAUCGGAGCCAGUACAGGUAGAAGAGCGGAAACAGAGUCCAGAACCAGCUGUGGCGAGAGGACAGAUGAGAAGAGCUGGCAGCAGGGAAGUCCUAAGAGAUUCCAGCCCCCCUCCAGAUUUUAAACCUGAACCACCAAAGCCAAAAGCUGAAGUAUACUCGUACGUAAAAGAGCUGCCACGGCAGUAUCAUGAUUCCAAUCGUGGGGACGAUUCUCGAUACAGCUGCCCGAGCCCUGGGAGCAGCGAGCACUCUCGUGGUCAGGAGGUCCCACCCUCCAAGCCACAGCCCCCUCCUGUGGCUUCAAAACCCACCUUUGGGGUUCGGACAGCGAUCAAACCACCUGCUCCAGCCACGCAGCCCCCCGGGGAAGACGAGGGGGAGGAGACCGAGGAAUUGGGUGAUGGCAGCGAGCAGCAGUCAGUGCUGGGCAAAGUGAAAAUAUUUGAGAAACUGGAUCACAAAGCUCGGGCACAGCGGCUGCAAGAACUGCAGGAAGCACAGAAUGCAAGACUGGAGCUAGCACAGAGAAACGCAGACAUCUAUGCAGUUCCUGUAAAACUUCCUAAAGCUGAACAUCCCCAACUCCAAAGGCCUCCUGAACCCCAAAAGCCCCCAUCGCAAUCCUAUCACGACCCCAGUGGAGCCAUUUACAGUGACGAGGACGAGGAGCAGGAGCAGUAUCGCAGACAACUAGCCGACCAUUCGAAACGUGGUUACUACGCGCAACAUGCUUCACCACCGACCAAAUACAGGGACACUGAAUUGUAGAAAGCAAUAUUUUGUAAUCCAGAUUUUUUUUUAAAAAACUGAAAUAGAUAAAAGAAAAAUAAGCUGGAAAUGGACAGCAGGUCCAUUAGUGCCUGAAUUUUCAGCUGCUGAUUGACUCGCUAUGUAUUUGUGGCAGCAUUUUUACUUCAAUAGGACUAUGUGGAAUAACAAACUUUUAUACUUUGCAAAUGCUAUUCUAACUGCCUUUACUGGUGUUUUUUUUUUGUCAUUUGAUUGAAGUUUUUUAAUGUUACAAUUCAAGAUAAAGAGCAAAUUAUAAUAAAGUAUAUGAACUGGCCAGACACUCUAAGUAAUUAGAGUUCUGAACAGUAACACAAGUGCCUUUUUCUCCCCUUUUUUUUAUUCUGAACAAAAAGAUGUAAUUGGUGAUGGUAACGACACUGGAUUUUGGUUUGAUUUGAGUUGAUUUAUUUCACUGACUGAUCAACCAUUAUGGUAUAAAGCUCUUGUAGGGACCAGAGGAAAAAAUGUCUAAUUUUUGUAUUGCCUUUGUAAGUGGUGUGAGAGUGUGUGCGCAUUUCGCGCACAGAAUGUGUUUUUUUGUCUCCUAACCUAUUGAAGCAGAUUUGGUUUUAAACUGAUCAAAUAAAAUAAAUUGUAUUUAAGUGCCA